AUCUACACACAACUACCCUUCUUCCUCCCCCAACCCACUUCUAUAUAAAUAUUCUCACAUUUUCUACUCUGUUCUCAUAUUCAUUUUCUACUUUCUAGAGUCUUCUUAGAAUAUCAGUAUCUAUAAUGGGCGAGAAGAAGAGUAAGAAGAAUGAAGGAGGAGAGAAGAAGAAUAACAGUGGAGAAGUAGUGCUGAAGAAGGAAGGAGGAGAGAAGAAGAACGAUGGAAACUUAAUUGUGGUUUUGAAAUCGGAUUUUCAUUGCGAAGGUUGUGUUACUAAAGUUGUCAAAGCGAUAAAAAGCGUUGGAGGUGUGGAGAAAGUUACGUGCGAUGCCGAUUCGAAAAAGUUGACGGUUAUCGGAAAAGUUGAUCCGGUGAUGUUAAAGGAGAAAGUUGAACAGAAAACACACAAAAAUGUUGAACUUGUUUCGCCGGUACCAAAAAAGGACGGCAAAGGAAAAGGAGGCGGCGGUGGAGACUCCGCCGGCGGUGCCGGAGAAGAGAAGAAGAAGCAGAACAAGGAAAAGGAUGCGAAGGAGAACAAAGGAGGAGGAGAAGACAAAAAGACCAAAGAGAAAGAGCCUCCGAUCACCACAGCGGUGCUGAAGGUGCAUCUCCAUUGUCAAGGAUGUGUACAGAAGAUCUCCAAAAUUGUCACCAAAUGCAAAGGAUAUAAGGAAAUGAAAAUAGACAAGCAGAAGGAUUUGGUGACUGUGACAGGGUCGAUGAACAUGAAAGAGCUGGCGGAGAUGUUGAAGAAACAUUUGAAGAAGGAAGUUGAAAUUGUGCCGCAGAAGAAGGAAGGCGGAGAUAAUAAGAAAGAGAAAGGCGGUGACGGUGGUGGUGAAAACGGAAAAGGUGGCAAUGGUGGUGGUAAAGGGAAGGGAAAAGGCGGGGAAGGCAAUGGCGAAGGAAAGGGGAAGGUGAAGGAUGAGGUAGGUGGUGGUGACGGAGGUUUUGGUGGUGGAGAGAUGAUAAUGAAUAGUAAUGUAGGUAAUGGUAUGCAGAUGAUGCAGCAGCAAGUCCAGUUUGGGUAUCCAUACCCGUAUAUGUACGGGCCAGUUUAUCCAGCUGACCAGUUUCAGAACCCGUACCCGGUAUCAGUUCAUGCCCCUCAACUCUUUAGUGAUGAGAACCCAAAUGCCUGCAGUAUUAUGUGAUGAUAAUCAUGAGAUUGGAAAAAUAAUCAGAACUCUUUUUGCUAAUUUUAGAGAAAAUCAAAAGCUAAAAACUUGUAGAUAAAGAGAAGAUGGCCUGGUGAUAAUUAUUAGUAGUACUAGUAUUAAUCAUAAAUCUGUAUGUAAUUAGCUUCUAAAAAUGGGUGAAAAUGUUCUAAAAUUAGAUAAUGAUUAUUAGUAGUAGCUCUUUUAAGAUGGCCAAUCCACUACUAGUUAUGGCUUAGUUCUGAACUUGCAGAAUUUCUUUUGUUGUUUCAAAUUUUUGUAUGUUAAUUUAGUGAAUCAACUC